AUGGAACUCCAAAUCUACGACUGUAACAUUGUUGACAAUCAUAACAACAUCGGCAUGGAUGAGUACUUCAACUGGACGAAUGCGAUCAAGAUCGACGAGGGCGCGCAUACCGGCAAGCUGAAGAAGCGCAAGUGCGCUGAUUACGCCGGUGACAACGAGGAGGCGCACAAGCUGCGCAAAAAUGGCGACGACAAGCAUGGCGCCGACGAGCGGAAGCUCACCAACGGGCAUGGCCAGCCGAACAACAGCGCCACCAACGGCACGAACGUCAACACGCAGAAUGUCAAUGUUAACGGCACGUCCAGAAUGCCGCAAUGGCAAGUCGACGACAUAACCGACCUGAACGCCGAUAUCGAAGGCUCUUUCAACGGCCUCACCAGCGGCGAUCACUCUAAUAAUUCAUUCAAUAUGAGUGAGGCUAUUUUAUCAUUGUCCAACAUGGCAGUUCUUAAACAGGAGGCUCCUUCACCACCCAAUGAUUAUCGCCAGCAGGCACACAGCCCAAAUAACCAGCAUUCGAUGAAUCAAGAGAACAGCAAUGGCGAUCAGGGGACGAACGCCAUGUUGAAUGCCACCAUUCAACAGUUAUUAUCGCACAGUGGAUUUAAUUCGACUCCCAAUGCAAUUGAAGGACAUGCAUUAAACGCAUCCAAUCAGGACUCGUAUGGAUUUGCGGAAGACUGCAGAUUCCAAUAUGUCCUUGCUGCCGCCACCAGCAUCGCAACAAAACUCAAUGAAGACACUUUAACUUACCUGAACCAAGGACAAAGUUAUGAAAUCAAGUUAAAGAAGUUAGGAGAUUUGUCCAUGUAUAGAGGAAAGCUGCUUAGGAGCGUUAUUAAAAUUUGUUUCCACGAACGACGCCUGCAAUACAUGGAAAAGGAACAGAUGACGUCCUGGCAGCAGUCACGACCCGGCGAUCGCAUCCUCGAAGUGGACGUGCCACUUUCCUACGGCUUGUGUAACGUUCAGCAACCCAACAAUGCACUAAACACAGUGCAAUUCAGUUGGGACCCAACUAAAGAAGUUGGUGCCUACAUAAAGGUUAAUUGUAUUUCCACUGAAUUCACACAAAAGAAACAUGGCGGCGAGAAAGGCGUACCUUUCCGCAUCCAGGUGGAGACUUACCAAGCCGGGGACGCUUUUGACUCCCCGAAACGUCUCCACGCCGCUGCGUGCCAAAUCAAAGUCUUUAAACUGAAAGGCGCAGAUCGCAAACACAAACAGGACAGGGAGAAGAUCCUCAAGAGGAGUCUCACUGAACAGGAGACGUACCAACCGAGUUAUGAAUGUACCGUUUUGAACGAUAUACCGAACGAUUUAUUGCCUUCAACUCCGCCUAUUGUCGCACCAUACUCACCAGACAGUGGUAAUCAAGCGCCAGCGUUUCAAAAUGUGCAGAUAGAUGAAGCGAUGGUUUCUCUAUCGCCUGCGUCGUCCCACCACAGCGAGAAGCAACCGGAGGUUGAAACUGGAAUAGUUGUGGAUAGCUUACUUCCAGCUUCUAAUCCUCAACAAACCGUCACUUGGUUGAAUACCAAUCGCUUCGAGAAGUUUGUGUCAACUUUUACAAACUUUUCCGGCGCCGAUAUGCUGCGCAUGAGCCGCGAUGACUUGAUUCAGAUCUGUGGACACGCCGAAGGCAUUCGGCUGUAUAAUGGGUUGCAUUCUAAGACAGUAGCACCCAAAUUAACACUCUACAUGUGCAAAGAAAACUCAACAGUUUUCAACGCAAUUUUUCUCCAACGCUUGAGCAAUCACGAACUCAUCCAGAAAUUAUCAGCGUUGUUGAACGUCCAAGCAGAUAACGUCAAAGACAUCUACGUGCAUGGCCCGCAGAUGAUCCACGUGCAGCUUAAUUCUGAGAUGAUGCAACAUCUUAAAGAUGAAACAAUGUUCAACGUUGAGAUUAUCAACAGCAACUCCGAUGGGAAGUUUGUUAUCUUAUUGAAACCCAUCAAUAAGAACUAAUGUAUGCAACCAUACAUACAGAAAUACAUAAUUAGAGCUUAAACGUAUUAGAAAUGUCAGAAAAAUGACAGCCAUAUAUAAAAUGAUUACAAAAUGGCGGAAGACCAAAGCACUUAAACUCACCUAACUUAAUAUACGUUAAUUACUUGUUAAAUUGUGCAUGAAAUGAUGGAUUAUGAGAACAUUAUCUUAUCUCUAUAAUAAUAUUUACUUGUUGCUAGGUUAUCUAUGAUAUUUGAUUGUUGUAAAUGUUUUUUGUUUACUCGUUUGAAUUAAAACUGGUUACAUCUGUACUUUUAACUAGUUUCGAGAGGUUUUAUCAAGUGAUUCAAAUUGAUUGUCUUUUAUUUUAACUUUCCAAGUUUAAUUUUACUUUAUGCUAAUUUUUACGGAGGUGUAAUUAAUAUUAAACAAUAUUUUAGGUUUAAAGUGAAUAUUAAGUAUAAUUGUAUAUUUUAAGAUGAUUACGACUGCAAUACCAUGCAUUUAAAAUGAUUGUCGCGAUGAUUGCGCAAUCAGCUAAAGGAAAGUUAAGUUUUAUAUAGCUUUGUAGAUGAUUUUCGUUGGUUUUACGUUUUAUUUAGCAUUCUAGAGAGUUGUGAGGCAAGAAUUCAUGCAUAUCUUUAAACUAGCGUCGUUUGAUGCAAUUUUAUUUUAUAUACUUGUAAGCUGCUAACAAAAUUGUUUUUGAUUCGCUUUAUUAGUGUGCUAUGUUAACAAUGUUUUAAGUUUAAGCCCACUCAAGAAUUAGUGCUAUUAUUUUGUACCUAAGAUAAUUUUAAUAUUGUUUUGAGGAGAUUUUGUACAGCAAACGUUUUUAGCUGCAGAUUGAGUUAAAAUCUUUAAAUAUUUUAUAACGUGUUAAAGUUUAUAAAUAGAUCUCCGGGAAUUUAAAGAGAUUAACUUAAGAGACAAUGCAAUGGGUGCGAUUUGUAUUGAUAUGGUGGUGCCAUUCAUUUGUAUUAUGUAUAUUUACUUUGUUAUUAAUUAAUUAUAAAAUAAUUUCAUCAA